UCACUAAAGAAAGCCUCACUUCUAACAACGAUGGAUACAUCGGCAAUGUCGUUGAAGUCCACGGAGGACAUUCCGCUGGCGGACGAUGAUCUGGAAGUGAUUAUCAACGACGACGAAAGCUCAAAGUACAUGCAGAACGGGCGCUCAUUGGAUUCCAUCGCAAGCUCGUACACUAAUGGAAAUUCAAGUCCUCGACACUUCCUAGAAGCGGAAGGUCCGGACGCAGAUGAACAGGAGGAACGAGCUCGGCUUAUAACGCAGGUGCUGGAACUGCAGAACACUCUCGACGACCUCUCACAACGCGUGGACAGCGUGAAGGAGGAAAAUCUUAAGCUGCGCUCGGAAAACCAGGUUCUCGGACAGUACAUUGAGAACCUGAUGUCCGCUUCGUCGGUAUUCCAAUCGACCAAUCAAGGGCAGACUUCAUCCGCCCCGAAAAAGAAGUAAGUUCCUUCUUCGGUUUGUCAGUUGAACCCAGAUUGGGAGAAGAACAAAAACAUAGGAGAUUUCCGCAGACCAAAGACAGUAGAACUCGUUUUCACAAAAAGCAGAUUUUUCUUCGCGCUGGUGCUAGAGACAUACAACACAACACAUAAACAAAAUAUUAAAACGCUUUCACAUUCAACGGAUCGGUUGAAAUAGCUUUGUAUAGUUGGACGGCUUCGUCCGAACGCGAUGUGCAAAACAGAAACAGGAUUGUCGCUUAUUCUGUUAGAUAAUGAAUCAAAGGAACUAUAUAUUACUAUUAUGAAAAUGAUAAAUUAUGCACGUGAAAAAACAAACUAUUAUCAGAGCACGACUGUUUGUCGCCUGAAGACCUAUGUUUAGUUUGCGCGAUUUUAGUAGAUUGCAAGCUACUAUUAGAUUUUGUACGAUACAUGACAUGUAGCCAUUCAUUUUCUGGUCCUUUAGAUAUUACGUUACGGCGCAUCGAGCCUCGUGUUCAAAAUAGCUACUUGAACCUCCUAAUAUUUUUUUUCUACCUUACGUAAAUGUUUUAUACUCAUAGGUUUAAUUAUUUCCAUAAUGAAAUAAUUAUUGUGCAUUUGUUUUUUGUCUAAU